AUAACAGGGGGUGCUUCGGGGGCACUGCGGAAGGAAUUCAGAGAAUUGGAAUUAUUAGAUGAAAUUACACGAUUGAGAUAUGAAGGUAAGUGUGACAACACCGUCCAAGGAACAACAAGAUUGGUUCUCAUUGAAUUGUUCAGAAAGUGGAAAGGAACAUAUUAUAAUCCACCUCUUACCCAUACUUCAAUCAGGUGGUCUGCGAGAGAUCCUUAUGUUGUUGAACAACACGAUGUCAUUCCAUGGUCUAUUAUUGCAUCG